AUGGGAGGUAUUCCCUUCCGAUCAACCGGAUGCAAUACGUGCCGGCGACGAAAAGUCAAGUGCGAUGAGGCAAAGCCGGAAUGCAAUCGAUGCAUCAAGAACGGCCAUGUCUGCACCGGCUAUGAACGAAAAAGGGUCUUCAUCCACAAAUCGUCCGAGGCCAUAGAGGAGGGAGAACUGAAGCUCGUCCGUCGCCCGCAGUCGACUUCCGGGAAGAUUCCCGACCGUCAAUUAACGCGAGUGGAGCCAGGCUUUCCCCGAUUAAAUAACAAUGCGGAGGUCCGAUCACAGCUGCUCGCCUCCUUUGUGGGGGGCUUUCUCCCUUCGUCACGGCAUUUGCAAGAUGGAAAAGAUACAAAUAUCCUCAAAACGCUCCCCGAACUUUGUGGGAAUAGUCCUUUGCUGGACAGAGCGCUUCUAUCGCUGUCUUCCGCUUUUCUUGCGAAACAGCACAAGGAUGAUCGGUUACUUGGGUAUAGUACGAAGCUCUAUAACAAUUCGAUGGAGAUCAUGCAUGGCAAGAUCAAAUCUGGCAAAGGCCUAGGCCAAGAUGUCCUAUACACAACAGUUGUUUUUCAAUUAUAUGAAUUGAUCCACUCUUCCCCCCCGGGAUUUAUGGCUUGGAUAGCACAUGUGCAAGGCAGUAACGCAAUCAUUAAGCAGUGCAGGGUUAAUAAAAAAGGAACUAUUGCCGAGAAGUUGUUUCACCGUCAACUUAAAUUUGUCACUGGCUCAACGGAACUUGAGCCAAUUGAUGAACUGAUGGACCUCUUGGCCGAGUGCUCCGCUCUCAUAGAACAAGUAGACACUUUCAUCGAGCAACUGCCUGCCAGCCCUGAUGGUGAUAAGAAUAACGGCGAGAAGUUACUGGGUUCUUGCUUAUCGCUAGAAGAAAGACUACACCAGACAUGCCUCAAGAUGCAGGAGAAACUGGGGGCGCCGUCGACUCUCACCCAUGACGUGCCCUUGCGAGAAGACUUGAGAGCACACCUUGCCACCUCUUUAUUCCCCGAUCCCUUCCAAUUCGUCUCCCUGGCCUGCGCCGAAUCGCACCUCAUUUAUUGGGCCACCUUGAUAAUACUGUACCCGCUAGUUGAUGAGCUUCUCGACGUCCUUGGCUAUCGCAGAAAUGACGUUACACCCUCGCAGUCCUGUGCCAUUCAUCCUCAGGCGAUUGAACAAAGACCCUUGGGCGUGGAUGUGGCAACAGAUUUCACAGCGCUGGCGGAGCAUUAUGCAGACGAGGUCUGCCGAUCCGUUAUGUACUGUACACAGUCUGACAUGAAUACCCUGGGCGCACAACACCUGCUUGCUCCUUUCAGCCAAUGCGCGCAAUUCUUUCAGGUUCAUGAACUGGCGCAAAAAUACAGGUGGUGUCAGGGGGUGUUUGUGCUUCUUGACUCGCUAGGUCUGGGAAUAGCUCCGUUGCUGAAGGACAUGGUUUGGCCACAAUACCGUUCCGCUCGACUACGUAGGUCUUUGUCAUCCGUGGGAAAAGUCCCAUGA